AUGGGAAGCCUGGGCCCCUGGGGAAGGUGUGCUGGAGACUGUGGGCCAGGUGGAGUGCAGAGUCGUGCACUGUGGUGUUUUCAUGUGGAAGGGUGGACAAGCCACCUGUCGAACUGUGAAGAAAGCAACAAGCCUGCCAAGGAAAGAAGUUGCUUCCGCAUCUGUGACUGGCACAGUGAGCUCUUCCAGUGGGAAGUGUCCGAUUGGCAUCACUGCGCACUGGUUCCUUAUGUCCUCGGGGAAGUUAAGCCUCAUGCUGCCGAGUGUGUGACAGCUCAGCACGGACUCCAGCACCGGACAGUGCGCUGCAUUCAGAAACUGAACAGAACCGUGGUUGCAAACGAAAUUUGUGAACAUUUUGCCUCUCAGCCCCCCACCGAACAAGCUUGCCUCAUUCCGUGCCCCCGGGACUGUGUUGUAUCUGAGUUCUCUCCAUGGUCCCAGUGUAGCAAAGGGUGCGGGAAGAAAUUGCAGCACAGAACACGCACAGCCCUUGCGCCCCCACUCUACGGUGGAUUACAGUGUCCAAACUUGACUGAGUCCAGGGCCUGUGAUACUCUAGUGGCCUGUCCUCUCGGGGAAGAAGGAUAUACUUUUAGACUAAAGGUUGGCCCGUGGAGUAAAUGCAGACUGCCUCACUUUAAGGAAAUUAACCUAAGCAGAAGAAAUGUCUUGGAUUUUAGUUCCGACUCAAAGGAGCGAGUCACCUUUAGACAUCAAAGUUACAAGCCACAUCACCAUUCCAAGCCAUGGGACUUAGAGCUAGGUUAUCAGACCCGACAGUUUUGGUGUACAAGAAGUGAUGGGAAAAAUGCAAUGUUAAGCCUAUGCAUGCAAGACUCCUUCCCGUUGACCGUUCAGUCCUGUGUCAUGCCGAAAGACUGUGAACUCACCGAGUGGUCCUCCUGGAGUCCUUGCUCUAAGACAUGUCGUUCAGGGAGUCUCUCUCCCGGUUUUAGGAGUAGGAGCCGGAAUGUGAAGCACUUUGCUAUCGGAGGAGGAAAGGAGUGCCCUGAACUUCUAGAGAAAGAGGCCUGCCUUGUCCAGGGAGAAAUUUUGCAGCCCUGUCCCAGGUAUUCCUGGAGGACCUCUGAGUGGACUGAAUGCCAAGUCUCUCUACUGCUCCAGCAGCAGAACAUCUACUGGCAUGCGACAGGACAUGCCUGCGGUGGUGGCAUCCAGACCCGGGAGGUGUACUGUGCCCAGAGCCUACCACCCUCUUCUGCAAGGACAGCCAAGGAAGCUUCUAGACCUGUGGAAAAGACUUUGUGCUUGGGACCUGCCCCUUUGACCUCUCAGCUUUGCAGCAUCCCUUGUUCUACGGACUGCAUUGUCUCUCCCUGGUCAUCCUGGGGUUUGUGCACCCAUGAAAAUUGUCAGGAUCCUCAAGGAAAGAAAGGAUUUAGAACAAGGCAGCGCCAUGUUCUCAUGGAACCCACAGGGCCAACUGGAUAUUGCCCUCAUUUGGUGGAAUCGGUUCCUUGUGAGGAUCCAGUGUGUUAUCAAUGGCUGGUAUCUGAAGGGAUCUGUAUCCCUGAUCAUGGAAAAUGUGGUCUGGGGCACCGUAUCCUGAAGGCCAUCUGCCAGAAUGACCAAGGAGAGGAUGUAUCAGGGAGUCUCUGCCCAGUGCCUCCUCCUCCAGAACAGAUGGCUUGUGAAAUCCCCUGCCGAAUGGACUGUAUGGUGAGCGACUGGACAAAGUGGUCAUCCUGUUCCCAGUCCUGUUCAAAUAAAAACUCAGAUGGGAAACAGACCAGGUCAAGGACCAUCCUGGCACUGGCUGGAGAAGGUGGAAAACCAUGUCCUCCUAGUCAAGCCCUCCAAGAAUACCGUUUAUGCAAUGACCAUUCCUGUAUGCAACUCUACUGGGAGACAUCACCUUGGAGCCCCUGUUCUGAAGACACAUUGGUAACUGCCCUGAAUGCAACGAUUGGCUGGAACAGAGAAGCUAUGUGUGGUGUAGGCAUUCAGACACGAAAAGUCUUCUGUAUCAAGAGUCAUGUGGGGCAAGUGAUGACCAAAAGAUGUCCAGAUUCUACUCGGCCAGAAACAGUGCGUCAGUGUCUCCUCCCAUGCAAAAAACACUGCAUUGUGACUCCGUUCAGUGAGUGGACGCCCUGCCCAAGAUUGUGCCAACCAGGAAACACCACAAUAAAACAAUCUCGAUACAGGAUUAUCAUUCAAGAUGCAGCCAAUGGAGGCCAAGAAUGCCCAGAUACUUUAUAUGAAGAGAGAGAGUGUGAAGAUGUUUCAUUUUGCCCAGUGUACCGGUGGAAGCCACAGAAGUGGGGCCCUUGUGUCUUAGUGCCAGAGUCUGUCAGACAGGGAAUAAUGGGCACCAGUGAAGCCUGUGGUAAAGGGCUACAGACUAGAGCUAUCUCUUGUGUUUCUGAUGACAACCAGUUGGCAGAAAUAAUGGAAUGCCUCAAGCAGACAAAUGGCAUGCCCUCCCUUGUGCAAGAGUGCACGGUUCCAUGUCGUGAUGACUGCACCUUCACUACCUGGUCCAAGUUUACACCCUGCUCAGGGAAUUGUGAAACAACCAGAAGUAGACGGCGGCAGCUUACAGGAAAAAGCAAAAAGAAGGAGAAAUGCCAAGAUGCUGACCUGUACCCACUAGUUGAAAUGGAACUGUGUCCUUGUGAUGUAUUUGUAUCGCAACCUUAUGGAAACUGGUCAGAUUGCAUUCUUCCAGAAGGCAGAAGGGAGCCUCAGCGAGGAUUAUGGAUACAUGGAGACACCAAAGAAUGUGGAGAAGGUGUGCGCUUCCGAGCAAUAGCCUGCUCUGACAAAAAUGGGAGACCUGUUGACCCUUCCCUCUGCAGCAGCUCUGGUUAUAUUCAAGAAAAAUGCAUCAUUCCCUGCCCAUUUGAUUGCAAGUUAAGUGAUUGGUCUAGCUGGGGGUCUUGCAGCUCAUCUUGUGGGACUGGUGUGAAAAUUCGAUCCAAAUGGCUCAAAGAAAAACCUUACAGUGGUGGUCGCCCAUGUCCCAAGCUGGAUCUCAAAAAUCAGGCUCAGGUGCAUGAGGCAGUCCCAUGCUACAGUGAGUGCAAUCAAUAUUCCUGGGUUGUAGAACACUGGUCUCCAUGCAAAAUCAACAAUGAGCUGAGGUCCCUGCGAUGUGGAGAAGGAACCCAAUCUAGGAAAAUCAGAUGUGUGAAGACUGCUGAACCUGAAGGUGGAACUGUAGAUAGUAUGCUGUGCAACCAGGAACAAAGUCCCCCAGAAACUCAAACCUGUUUUCUUCUCUGCCCCAAUGAAUGUGUCAUGUCUAACUGGGGCCCAUGGAGUGAAUGCCCACAGUCAUGUGACCCGCACACAAUGCAGACAAGAACCCGCCAUCUACUGAGACCUUCGCUGAGCUCGAGGACUUGUCCUGAAGACUCACAAGUACGGCCCUGCCUCCUUAAUGAAAAUUGCUUCCAGUUCCAGUACAAUCUAACAGAGUGGAGCACAUGCCAGCUGAGUGAAAACGCCACCUGUGGGCAAGGUGUCAAGACCCGCCUUCUGAGCUGUGUGCGCAGUGACGGCAGGCCAGUCAGUAUGGACCAGUGUGAGCAGCUUAAUUUGGAGAAGCCCCAGAGAAUGAUCAUUAACUGCCUGGUGGAAUGUGUGGUCAACUGUCAGCUUUCAGGGUGGACAGCUUGGACACAGUGUUCACAGACCUGUGGCCAUGGAGGUCGAAUGAGCCGGACUCGAUUUAUCGUUAUGCCAACUCAUGGAGAAGGACGGCCAUGCCCCACAGAGCUUACCCAGCAGAAAACCUGCCCAGUGACCCCGUGCUACAGCUGGAUCCUUGGUAACUGGUCUGCAUGUCAAUUGGAGGGUGGAGACUGUGGAGAAGGAGUUCAGAUCCGCAUCCCUUCAUGCGUGGUCCACAAUGGUUCAAUGUCACAGACACCUAUACAAGUAGACAAGGCAUUGUGUGGAGAGAUGCCCUUUCAGGACAGAAUCCUGAAGCAACUGUGUUCUGUGCCUUGCCCAGGAGACUGCCAUUUAGCUCAGUGGUCAGAAUGGAGUACCUGUGAAUUAACCUGCAUCAAAGGAAGAAGCUUUGAGACUGUGGGCCGCCAAUCUAGGUCACGGACAUUUAUAAUUCAGUCAUUUGAGAACCAAGACAGCUGCCCCCAACAGGUUCUAGAAACACGCCCUUGUACAGGAGGCAAAUGCUAUCACUACACAUGGAAAGCAAGUCUUUGGAACAAUAAUGAGCGAACUGUAUGGUGUCAACGUUCAGAUGGCAUUAAUGUUACAGGAGGCUGCUCCCCUCAGGCACGCCCUGCUGCUAUUAGGCAGUGUAACCCAGCCUGCAGAAAACCUUUCUCCUACUGCACUCAGGGUGGAGUCUGUGGUUGUGAGAAGGGCUAUACAGAGAUAAUGAGAUCAAAUGGCUUCCUGGAUUACUGCAUGAAAGUACCGGGCUCAGAGGAUAAAAAAGCAGAUGUUAAAAAUCUUGCUGGAAAAAACAGACCUGUGAAUUCAAAAAUACACGAUAUAUUUAAAGGAUGGUCUCUUCAACCCCUUGAUCCUGAUGGCCGAGUAAAACUUUGGGUUUAUGGCGUUUCAGGUGGUGGUUUUCUUAUCAUGAUUUUCCUAGUAUUUACUUCCUACCUUGUUUGCAAGAAGCCAAAACCACAUCAAAGCACACCUCCCCAACAGAAGCCUCUGACCUUAGCCUACGAUGGAGAUUUAGACAUGUAACCUGAAAAAGAAAUCCAAAUGUAGACAUCAACUGCCUUAACCGCUUUCUCUUUUGUAGCUCUCAGACUUCUCAGUUUUUUGAGGAAUCUCAUGAUGUAAUAUAUUGGGCAGAAUGCAAAUAUUGAAAACUUAAUUUUGCCUCAACUUCAUGGACUGAAGUCAACAAUCAUUAGGUCUGCCAUUUUGUUUUCGAGUUGUUUGUGGGUAUGAGUGCUUUAUUUUUUGUUUCUCCCAAGGGACCUGAAAGCCCUUCUUUUCCUGCUUGGAAAUGGGAGGAGGAAACCAUGGUGGAAUUCCCACAGACUUGAGUAAUCUGUAUCUUCAGCAGCAUGAUGACAAUCCGGAGGAAAGUCUAAUCAAGGCAUUUACUGUAAAUGAUGAGUCUGACACUACAUCCUUACGCACUAUAUUAGUGCACAUCUUUAUUCUUUCCAUACGUCAACACUGAGUUUUCUAGAGUUUACAUUGGUUCAAAAACUUUCAAAUUGGAUUGCCUAUUUUCAUGAACACAGAGAGAAUGGGUUACCAUUUCAGAAAUUCUCUGAGUUUUUACCUUUAAAUAUUGUAUUUUGUUUUGUAGCUAGGGGUGGAUGGCAUUUCAUGGGUGGGGUGUGUCUAUUAAAAAGAGUAGAUUGUGCAUAACUGCUGGAUAGAUGGAAGCCAGGUGGCUACUGAAUGAAAUGUGUGUUGAAUGCUAGGGGUGUACAACUGAAAUAGGUGGCUACAUUGGCGGAUGAGGGAGAUGAUUUGAGUACUAAAAUUGUAUUUUAACAAAAACUUAGCCUUGUAGAUAUAGCAUUAGCCACACACAGUUGUACUUCAUUUUAAUGAUGGCAAACUCUGCUUUUGUAAUUUCAAUUUUCUUAUCUGAAUAUUUAUAAAUUCUUUUCUUGAAUUUAAUUAUCUGACCUCAUUUAAUAUACAUCAAACACUGGUCCUGUUUGUAGAAAGUCUUGCUUUUAUAAGGUUUCAAUUAUUAUCUAAAACAACACAUUAAAAAGCAGAGACCAUUUUAUGAAGGUAAUUGUUUGUAAUCAUAGGUGUUGAAAGUAAGAAGGUGCCAUCUUGUGGUAUUGAGUUGUAUUUAUAACAAAUAAAGUGUUCAAGAGACUG